AUGGCUACUGUGAGAUUACGCAAAGCUUUUCGAUAUCCCGAGGAAUCAGAUGGCGAGCGUGAAGAGCUAGACGAGGAGGAGCAGGAACAGGUCAUCGAACAGUUGCAGAGCCAGAACGAUGCCCGCAAUGCUCAGUACAGUAUGAUUUUCACUGUACUCCCAGUGAUGACUGCCGUGGUAUUUGUACCCUCGGUGCUGGCACCUUCGAGUCAUAUCGAACGGCUCUUCUCUCUCCUCGGGCUGGUCUCGUUGUUGACGACGGCGUACAUCAUGAGAACCUCCCCACUUCAGCCAGACCGCAAAGGCAAGAAGCCCAUGACGGUCCAUAAUGAGCGGAUAGCUCGCUUGCAUGCGGGUUUGGUGCCUGGCACCAGUGCAGUUUGCUUGUUACUGGCUUUGGUGUAUCUUUCCGCUGGAUCAUCGUGGGGCAUUCGGCCAGUGCUCUACUUGAUACCUGGAGCUAUGCUUGCGACAAUUCUUCUCGCGCAAAGAUUGAUGCGCUCUGUAGACCUUACAUCUCUUAAAGAUCUACAGUACGAAUACAAAGGUGCUUAG